AUGUCGGUCUAUAUUGAUCAUAUUAAAAAUGACAAAGAUUUACCGAUAACUUAUUCGAUUAAUAUUAAAACAUUAUCUCCAUCAAAACGACCAUUGACAUGUUGCAUAACGACUGAACCACAAAUAUCAAAACAACAUACAACGAGUCAGUUAAAUUACAUAAAAUCAUCAUCAAAAUAUUUAGAAGAGAAACAAAAUUCUCAUAUUAAAUUAUUGGACAAUGAUCACGAAUCAUCGAUUCGUUUACCAAUUACUUAUUCAACGAGUAUUCACGUUCCAUAUCAUUCUCCAAUUAUAGCAUCACGUCCACCUACAAUUUUACCGUCAGAAACUACUCAUCAUCAUUAUCAUUAUUAUUAUCAUCAUCAUCGACAAUCAAGAUUAUUAUCUGAUUCAUCAACAAUAAUUAAGCAUAAAAUUUCCCCCCGACCUAUAUCAAACAGUUCUACUAGACUCGCUACGACACCAACAUCAUCAACAACAACACGAAACACUUCACCUGAUUCACUAUCAUUAUCGAAAAAAGCGAACAAAAUUAAUCAUUCAACAUUACCAAAUUCUAUAUCUGUUCCUCGUAGUAAACAAUCAUCUCAUAAUCUUCCAUUUUCAUCUUAUUCAACUCUAGUACGGAAUUGGUUUCAUCAUACUCCUAUCAAAACUCAAACUUAUCGUAAAGGAAAUCAAUCUGAUUAUUCCGAAACGUAUCGACAUGAAUCACCUAAUAAACGUAAUUUUCUUUUUAAAUUAAUAACAUCAUCUAUUGAAAAAAAUUCUAAAUCUAAACAUCAUCAUCGUACUUGUUUUUGUCGGAAACGUUUUCAAUCAUCUUCAUCUUCAUCAUCAUCUUCAUUACCAAACAAUUUAAAUAAUUACAAGAAAUAA